AUGAUUGAGUCAAUUUACUACGAUUCAGUUUCUAAGCAACAAUACACAUCAGCGAUGAUCAUUGGCUUUGCAGCAGGCGGAAUGCUCAUUCUCUUCAUUGUUGCAGUCAUUGCUUUGUACCUUUAUAGAAAGGCGUACUCCAACUCAUCGGAAGACGAAGACUCCGAUCUUUCAUCUGAAACAGAUAUUGACAACAUAUCUGAAGGACGCACAAGAGUUAGCUAUGAAAUAGAGCUCGAAGGAGAUCAAAUUGCACACAUAGACGAUCCAAGCGACAUCAUCAAUGGCAGCAACGAUGAUGAAGCCUACAUGAACAACAUGGACUUCUAA